AUGGAUUUGCAACCGCCGUCUGUUUUGGCUCAAUUGCCUCGCCCUUUACAUGCUUCUAAGGGCAAAACACGCAUUGGUGAAGUGUAUGGAUUGGCCGACACCAAGAAGCGGAAGAGGUAUGAAGUGGCUGUUGCGGUGGAUGGAGAGGCUGUGAAUAUUUAUAAUGUUCAAACACCCAAGCUGGUGACCUCCUACGCCGUUCCGCCGCAAUCCUUCUUCUCCUGCCAGCCAUGCUCCGUGCGCAGGAAGCUAUCGAACAAGCCCCUUGUGAAGCGGCAGACGUACGUCGCAGUCAACCCUCAGGGAGAAAUUAAGUCUUUCAUUGAAGAAAGUGUUGGAAAUGGAUCGACAGCGCCCGUCAUCUCUUCCUUGUCCUUCUCUGUGAAGGAUUCUGACAGCCCGGCGAUUUUUGUCGGCCUUGUGCCAACUGUCUCAGGGCAGGAUGAAGAAGACACAUUUGAUGUCUUAGUGGUCCACGAAGAUGGGCGUGUGCGUCGACUGGCAGCUGAUCUCCAAACCCAGCGGUGGAGCAUCCGACACAGUGAGCUAGCGCAAGACUCCUCGGCUCAUACAAUUCGUGCGUGCUUCCUUGUUGAAUUCGACGACGCAAAGAAGGCUCUCUUCAAGAAAAGACAAGACCUGGCGUCUUUGGCCUUAGGAGACUUGAUAAACAGCGAGGGGAACGAACCGUCGAUAAUGCUGGUCGUGUCGCAUCCGACUGGACCUGAACGCGUCAAACUGAGCAAUGUGAAAGUGUCUAUGUUUUCCGUCCCUGGGAAAAUUCAACCUCAAGGAAAGAACCUAGAUGAGAGUCAAAAGUUGAGACACCUUCUCACCGUUAGCAUUCCCGAUGUCGAUGAGUAUGAACCCUUUGACAGUGAUGGCGUGGAAUGGGACUUCCACGCCGUAUCUGCAAGACUGAACCUCUCAUUCAAAAAAGGGUUCGUCAGUUUCGACCUUUCCCAAUACAAACCGAUGGUGACUUCGACAUUCAUUCUCAAUGAUGAGGAAUUCUCUUCGGUAAUGCGAAUCUCGCCGCAAUCAGUAAUCGGGGCAGGGAAAUCAGUCAUUGCAUUGUUUGACACGCAGUACAAGUCCAUACAGCGCAGCAUCGCCCUUAGUGAUGUUCCUGGCACCUCUUCCGGUCCCAAGGCAAGAGCGAUCUUUAUCAGCUAUUUUGCGAAGCUCGGCAUCGCUGUUGCGACAAAGGGGAACACACUGUAUGCUUUCGACCUGAGCAGCUCCAACACAUCUCUGGCAUCUUCUCUUAAGCGGCCGAGAGAUGGCCUGCUGAUCGAUGCUAUCGGCCGCGGUAUUGGAUCAUCAUACUCGCAAUGGGAUGUGGCCGCAAAGAAGCCUCGGGUAGAGCAGGUGACCUCGCUGGAUCUCACCUCUAAGGAGCAAAUCGAACGAUGGAAUCGACUGGUGCAAGAUUUACGCGAGUCUUCUAAAUCUAAGGACACAGAUGCGUUCGAUCGCGCAGUGCAAAGUUACUUCAAGACGGAUAAUUCGAUAAAUCUGCCAACGCUGGAUCAACAUGUUAACAUAGAAGUGACUUUGUUCCUUUUGACAUUUAUCUUCUCCGUCCAGAAUGUCGGCAAUACUCAGGACAAGCUGUCCGCUUCGUCAUCCGUCCGAUUGACUAUUGACUUUUGGCCCUCCAAGACAUGUGAAUGGCUCAUCCAGCUUGGUCGCCUGUCUCCCGACAAUGUUGAGAUUGCUCUUCGACGAUCUUUCAAGCCACGCGUCCUUCCAUCCUUGCCAACAGGCUCCUUCAUGCAAGCGCUGAUCGACUCCGAUCCGACCUUCCGGCAUCUUCUGGACGUCAUUCAAGGCCCUACUAUCUUUAGCCCCAACGAGCUAGCCUACGCGCUCAAGACAUUCCUAAACACAGCCCUUGCGCUCUCCUUAGCCCUCGAAGAGGAAACCGCCAGAGCCCUCGCCAAUGGCGAAGGCGAAGGCGACCAACCCUCCUCUACCACCCAGGACAGCCUCAAGGAUAUCUUCCUGGGUCUCAACACCACCCUGCAGAAGAUCCACGCUCACCCGUCCCCCGCCAUCACCAAAUCCAUCCGUUCCAUGCUGUCCCGAACCGACAUCCUCUCCAUGGUUCACCACCUGCGUCUCUCUCUUGCUACAGGAGGCUACACCACACGCUUCACAGAGAACCCCCCGACUCCUAUCUCUCCACACCAAACCACCCCUGCGCUCUCCCUGGAUACAAUCUCGACUCUUUUAAACGCCUCCGUGGACGCUAUUGGCCCUUCGGGCUGGAUCUCCGCCGCAGACGUCAGCGACGCGUCGACCCGUGAAAUGGACCUCAUCGCUGACAUGAAAUCCGAGAUUUCUGCUGCCCUCGCUGGCGUAGAAGAAGCCAGCUAUCUCAAAGGCAUCCUGCGCGAAUACCUCCGGUAUACGGAAAGUGUGCAUCGUAGCACCACCACCUCGGGUAAAGAAGUCCCGAGAUCCGAAGUGGAGCAGGGAUCUGCGCUUGUUCGGCACGAGAAACUCAAUGGCGCCGAUCUGAUGGUGUAUGCGACUGCGGAAGGAGACGAUACGCUGGAUGGCGACGUUGGUGGUAAGUUGUUACCGUUGUCGUUGAAGGCAGGCUCCGCGGAUGUGGGUCGCACCAAGGUCAAGAGAUCCACUGGUGAAGUCAAGAUGAGGAGUAAUCGGGAGAUUGGGUAUUUGCGGCGUAAGGCUGCUGGGAAGUACUCAUUUGAAAGGCUUAUUGUAUAG